UGCGCCACAGCAUCAUCCAGACGGAAUUCUACCAAAAAUCCCUGGACUCGGGGGCGGACAGCGACGAGUUCAUGUUCGACUUCGACGGCGACGAGAUUUUCCACGUGGAGAAGGAGGAGACGGUGUGGCGGCUCCCGGAAUUCCAGGAGUUCGCCAGCUUCGAGGCGCAGGGAGCGCUGCAGAACAUCGCCAUCGACAAGCAGAACCUGGAGAACUCCAUGAAGGCCUACAACAAUUCCCGCAUCCCCAGCGCCCCCUUCCCCCCAGUGCGCCACAGCAUCAUCCAGACGGAAUUCUACCAAAAAUCCCUGGACUCGGGGGCGGACAGCGACGAGUUCAUGUUCGACUUCGACGGCGACGAGAUUUUCCACGUGGAGAAGGAGGAGACGGUGUGGCGGCUCCCGGAAUUCCAGGAGUUCGCCAGCUUCGAGGCGCAGGGAGCGCUGCAGAACAUCGCCAUCGACAAGCAGAACCUGGAGAACUCCAUGAAGGCCUACAACAAUUCCCGCAUCCCCAGCGAGCCCCCGGAGGUGGCGGUGUUCCCCAGAUGGAUGAAAAUUUCGGGACGGCCGAAAUUUAGGGAAUUCCGGGUUUCCCCAGAACCCCAGAUCGUGGCGCCGGCGUCCGAGGCCACGGAGACGGCGGUCUGUGCCCUGGGGCUGGCCGUGGGCAUCGUGGGCAUCGCCGCCGGCACCGUGCUCAUCAUCCGCGGCAUGAAGCUCGGCCGCGCCCGCCCCGAGCGCGGCGCGCUCUGAGCGCCACCAGCCCCAGGAAUCACCCCAAAAUCUGCCCCAAAAUGGCCCCGAAAUCCGUCCCAAAAUGGCCCCGAAA